CAGCUGCCCUAUCGAGUUUACCUCGGGAUUUAUGAACUUGUGCUAACAGGCAUCAACGUGUGAAGCUUCCUCAAGCUCAUUAAUCAACCAUGGAUACGGAGCGGAGGCAGGAACCCCACGGAGAGGAACACCAUGAAGCAGGCUGCAGGCCGCGGGCCACAAGGCGGGUAUGCCAGGUUUGACCCCAGGACCCCGGUGAUCAACGGCUUCGCAGUCAUCAUUGUGCAGUAAUUAACCGCACGCUUACAGUAUGAUUCGGGCGGAGCAGGGCAAACAAGAAUGAGAAGGAGCUCUUGGCACCUUUGUCAGACUAUUUGAUGUCGUUGUCAAUCGCACUCAUGGACGACAGAACUCGACGUUCCUGACCUCCUACUGCUGUUCAUUGACGCCUAUCCCUCACCUAGAGCCAGCCUGCCCACGGUGAACGACACGAUAAUGAAGACUACACAAGCCUGCGCUCUCCUCUCGCUCGCCCUCCUGGGCGAAUCCUGUCUACUCCCCGGAGAAGCCUCCGGCGGCCGCAUCGCCCGCCGCCAGACCACGAGCCCCAACAACACGGGUGUCUCCAUUGGCACGGGCGAUCGCUUCGACGGCGGCAAGAAGUUCCCCCGCGGUCUCGGCACCCAGCCCGCCGGCACGAACCUCACCUCCCUCCUCAACGUCAACGAGAUCAAAAGUGCCGUCAAGGGUCUCGUCCAGGAGUACGGCAUUGAGUACUUUGAGUCGCCGUACAAGACGUAUCAGAAUGCCUCCUUCUUCGGCGCCAAGAUUGGCGGCGAAGGCGGGAACUGCAGCGACGCGCACCACGUGUACUUCAACGGCGCCAUCCACGCCCGCGAACGCGGGUCGUCGGAUAAUAUCAUCUACUUCAUCUCCGACCUUCUGUACGCGAACAAGCACGGCGAAGGGUUGACUUAUGGGGGCCGGACGUACACCAAUGACGAUGUGAAGCGCGCCCUGUCGACUGGCAUUGUCUUCACGCCGCUGAGCAACCCCGACGGCGUGGCAUACGACCAGACGACACACAGCUGCUGGCGUAAGAACCGCAACCCGGCCGCUUCAGGAGGGGAUCCCGAGGCCAUUGGCAUCGACUUGAACCGCAACUUCGACUUUCUCUUUGAUUUCCCGAAGAGCUUCGCUCCUAGCGUGGGACCCAACGUCGCCUCGGAAGACCCGACUGACCAGACGUACCACGGCGCUAGUCCGUUCUCGGAGCCCGAGACUCAGAGCAUCAAGUGGGUGAUGGACCAGCAUAAGAACGUCAGGUGGUUCCUCGACAUCCACAGCUACACCGGCGUUGUCCUGUACAACUGGGGCAGCGACGAGAACCAGCUGCGCCAGCCGUACAUGAACUUUUUGAACGAGUCGUAUGACGCCGUCCGCGGUCUCAUGCCGGAUACACCUCCUAACAACGGCAUCUACGGCGAGUACAUCCCCACCGGCGACUGGUCGGAAAAGGUGUUCGCCGCGAUGCGAAUGGGCAACGCCAUGGACGCCGCCGCCGGUCGCCACUACGAGGUCGAGCAGAGCUCGUACCUGUACCCGACUUCAGGUGCGAGUGACGACUACGCCUACUCGCGCCACUUUACGGACCCCUCGCUCGGCAAGAUGCACGGUUUCGUAGUCGAAUUUGGAUUUGGUAACGAUGAGGUGGACUGCCCGUUCUACCCGACGCCCAGCCAGUACAACUUGAAUCUGCUCGAGACCAACGCCGGCUUCAUGGAGUACCUGCUCGCCGCGUCUGAUGCUGGCGUUGGCGAACCGGCUUCCUGUACAGUAUGAGCAAGUAGGCCUUAGAAGCGCGGCGGAGAGACGGAUCUCAGCGGUUAAGGAUACCAAUUUGGACCUCAAGUGGAUGAGAUUCAGACCACUUUCCGGGGAACGGGAGGAGUCCCGGGGUAGACCCCGAGGCAUUUGUCAGAAAGAUGUGCCUGUUGCUUAGAAAUACAAAUUCGUCGUGAAGAUAGUAUCUGCAAAAUAAUUGAAGUCAACAAUGUCGACAGAUCUGUAUGUCGGUUGAUCGCUCAAGAAUACUUG